AUGCCAGUCUUCACGAAGCAGUACCAUCACUUUAUCCCCCAAUUUAUCCUCAAACAAUUUGCAUAUACCGAGUCGCCAACCAAAAGUUCCGGAAACGGAGAUGGCCUUUUGAACCUGUUUGACCUACGAACCGGGCAAUUCAUCACCGAAGAGGUCAAAAGGUCAUGCGGAAUGUACAAUUUGUAUUACAUGGAGAAUGACCCGGAACAUAUGAGAAUCGAGGAUCUUUUCAGCGGCAUAGAGAGCCAGACGAGCCAGAUAUUUAUCAAGAUCAGAAAUGCCGCAAAGGAAAAACUCGACCAUGUCAAUAUCCUCGAGAAGGAUAUUCACAUUUUAUUCAAGUUUAUGAUCCUCUCCCUCCGACGCUCCAAGCAGUACCGAGACGAGAUGCAAAAUCCUUACCGUGAGAAUGACUUUAUGUUCCAGCGCCUCUUCGAGGCAUCGCGAAAAGAGGGUCGAUCUAGCGAUCCAGGAGAAGUCUGGCUUGAGCAAAUACUCUAUCUUUUGAAAGCGACCCACGAGGACCUUUUUGCAGAUGCAGAACAUCCUGGUGAUAGCACUUCUAAAGCUAGUGCGCGGACCUACAAGCACUUUGUCGAGAAUUACGCCCUUCAGAUCUGGCACGCGGCGGAUGGCUACGAGUUCUUUCUCAACGAGAGUCUCUGUGGCUUUGAGGGCGAUACCCAAUCGUUCCUGGGAGCAGAAAUAACCGAACACGGGCCUCAGCUCAUGUGGAUAACCACAGAUGACAUGAUACACGUCAUUCUUCCUAUAAGCCCGACACUUGCUGUCGUGUUCUGUGACGAAUCAAGAUGCUGGGAGUCGCCAUUCGCCGAUGCUAUAAUUCGACACGACAAGACCUACCCGCAGAACAGCUUGCUGGCAAAAGCACCGCACAAGGAUAUUGUCACUGGCGAGGUACCAGCCAAGAGGAAAGGAAGGAAACGAUGGCCCGCAACGGUAAACUGGAGAGUCAGUAUUGGCAAACUUUUACAACAGCACCAUCGAGUCAUCGCGUCCUACUCACUCAGUCAUGCUCGCUCAAUCGUCGUCUUCAACAGUAGAGCGCGAUUUGAAAAGGCUCGAAAGGAACUGGAAGUAUUUGCCAAGCAAAGAGAAGAAGUUUGGACGAGGCAGGGAAUUCGGUACGGUCAAAUGAGUGGGCAGCAACCUGCUCAUGAAACGACGGAGCUCAGUCCAGAGCGGUCGAACAGGAUGGUAGAUAACCAUAUAUCUGCCUUGGACGAGGUUCUACAUAUCAUAAGAGUCACUCAGGAAAUCCCACCGCGAAGCAAGGAAAACUCUUGCAAGUUCUGGUUCGCUUUCAAGGCUAUUAUAUCACUUGUGGCUGCAAAAGUAGGGUCCCCUGAGACGAUGCCCAUCAUGCACCCUGCUAUGCUAGCAGCAUUUGAAUCCCUUUAUCCUCCAAAACAACCAGAACAUAAGGAUCUUUUUAUCUUGGACUUUGCCGGGUUUCUCGACUACGUCAUGGGCGAAGCAACAUUUGCCCAGCUUUACUUCCGAAAUCGAACAAACGAUCUCGGAAUGGGUAACAAAGGUUUCCUUCCUGGCUCCAGAGCUCGAGAAGUAUGA